AUAAUGGUGCAAGUAAUGAUGCAAUUGGAAAAUACAUUUUCCGGCCUAGAAGGCAUUUUUCAAAAAAUGACCAAAUCAGACGAUAUAGACUUUUUUCCUGGGACCUUCCUGAACACAAUGUAGAAAACCGCAUCUCGAUAUCUGCUGUCCCUAUAAAUUUCCGCUGUUCCGGUCGAUUUUGAUCUAAAUGCCCUGAACUAUUUGGUAUGUGUAUAUAUAUACUUGGCAAAAAACAGACAAGAAAAAUCAAAAUGAAAUUAUUCAUUCUCUUCGCUACAGCACUUUUGGUAGUUACUGCCCAUCCGACCCAACAAGACUGGACCUCUUUCAAGGCCAAACAUGGAAAAUCGUACACAACUCUGGAAGAAGAACGUGUCCGUUUUGAAAUUUUCCAAGACAACGUACAAAAAAUAAAUACACACAACGCCCGAUAUGAAGCCGGACUUGAGACCUACGCCAUGGCAGUCAACAAAUUCGCUGAUUUGAUCCCCAAAGAAUUUGGAGCCAUGCUCAGACGCAUUAACGGUCCAAUUCCCAGAACGACCUUGACUUCUCAUGUUCAGAGCAUUACUGCUCCAGAAGCUAUGGACUGGAGGCAAACGAAUGCUGUUUUGGAAGUCAAGGACCAAGGAGAUGAUUGCGAUUCCAGCUGGGCUUUCAGUUCCACUGGUGCAUUAGAAGGACAGAACGCGAUUAAAAACAACGUAAUCGUGCCACUGAGUGCACAACAAUUGGUUGACUGUGACAGUGAGGUUAAUAAAGGUUGUGAUGGUGGUGACAUUCUGACCGCUUUUGAAUACGUUAUUAAACACGGUCUUAACAGCGAAGAUGAAUACCCAUACGAAGCUGUAGAUGGAAGCUGCAGAGCCAAAAGCGGUUCUGUCGUUCAAGUUAAGGAAGUCGUAUCUGUCGAAGCUACCGAAUCUGCCCUUAGGGAUACUGUUGGUACCGUUGGACCGGUCUCCAUAGCCCUAUACUCUGAUCCCUUCCAAUUUUACUUCGACGGUGUCUUCGAUGAUACUUCGUGCUUCAACGAUGCUGAUUUAUUGAACCAUAGUGUUCUUGUUGUAGCAUACGGAAACGAAAACGGCACAGAAUACUGGGACGUUAAAAACUCAUGGGGUGUUGAAUGGGGUAAUGACGGUUACAUGAGAGUGGUCAGAAAUAAAGGGAUGUGUGGUAUCGGCCUUUACAGUGCAUACCCAAUCUUGGCUUGAUUUAUUAAUCCAAUUUUAAUAAUUUGUAAACUAUAAAAUCUUUUGAUCAAUAUGUGUAUUAUUAGUAAAUUUAACUCCAAUUGCUUCUUUUCUCUCUGCUUAAAACUUAUGUAUACCUAUCCUCUAUAUAUACACACCGUGUCCCACGUAAGGCGGGCAUUACAACUUUAUGGAGAAUAAAUUAAUUUAUAUUUUCGCCAUUUUCUGAGUAUACAUAAUCGAAUAUGCUCUUUUGAAUUAAAAUAAAAUAAACUCUGUGCAACUUCCGGUUAUACCGGAAGUGACCACUAACUUCGUUAUUUUAAAGGGAAUACCCCAUAUUUUUUUUUUAAUUUUAGAUUCAGCAUGAAAUUCUGUAAACAAUGAUACCCCAUUCGCCUAUUCUAAUUAUAGUGUAUUUGGCGUUAUUCAGUUUUUUAUAAACUUUUAUAUGCUGGCAGACAUUUGCUUUUUUAAAUUUACUUGUACAUCGUUUGUUCGACUGUGUGUUUGGAAAUUAUUUUAAAAAAUAAAUAUUUUAAACAUGAAAAAUUUUUUUAUUUUAAAUGGAAAAUCCUGUAUAUUUUUAUUUCAUUUUGUUCAGAAAA